AACCAAGCUUUCAUCAUAGCUUUCUCUUGCAAACACUAUCCAAACCAAAUCUCUUCACCAAAACCAAUGGCUCCAUCACUUUCCGAACCAUUCAGCGAUUCCUCGGUUCUUAUUGAUUUCGUUAUUAACCAAGGGAAUGGAGUGAAGGGUUUAUCUGAAAUGGGUCUCAAAGCUCUUCCAAAACAAUACAUCCAGCCUUUGGAAGAAAGGAUGUGCAUGACCAACGUUCAAGCUCAAGAAUCAAUCCCCAUCAUCGACAUGUCAAAUCCAAAUGACCCCGAAGUGGAGAAGUCGAUCUGCGAAGCGGCUUCGAAAUGGGGGUUCUUUCAGAUUGUUAACCACGAUGUACCGGUUGAAGUUCUGGAGAAUGUUAAAGAUGCUACUUACAAGUUCUUUGGGUUAGCAGCUGAGGUUAAGAAUAAGUACUCUAAGGAACAUUCGUUGUCAAACAAUGUUAGGUUCGGCACGAGUUUUACACCUCAAGCUGAAAAGGCACUUGAAUGGAAAGAUUACCUUAGCUUGUUUUAUGUCUCUGAAGAGGAAGCUUUUGCACUAUGGCCUUCCGUUUGCAGGGAGCAAGUGUUGGAUUAUACGAGGAAGUCCGAAGUUGUAAUUAAACAGUUAUUAAAAGUGCUAAUGAAGGGUCUAAAUGUGAAUGAGAUUGAUGAAACCAAGGAAUCCUUGUUGAUGGGUUCGAUGAGGACUAACCUUAACUAUUAUCCUAAAUGUCCUAACCCCGAACUCACUGUUGGAGUUGGUCGACACUCUGAUGUUUCGACCCUUACAAUUCUCCUUCAAGAUGAAAUCGGUGGACUUUUUGUUAGAGGAAAUGACGGAGAUAAUUGGAUCCAUGUUCCUCCAAUCAAGGGUUCUCUUGUGAUCAACGUCGGAGAUGCAUUGCAGAUAAUGAGCAAUGGAAAGUACAAGAGUGUGGAACAUCGUGUGGUUGCCAAUGGAAGCAAUAACAGAAUUUCCGUCCCUAUUUUCGUAAACCCAAGACCUAGUGAUAUGAUCGGACCAUUGCCUGAAUUAAUCGAAAAUGGUGAGAAGCCGAUUUAUAAACAAGUUCUUUAUUCAGAUUACGUCAAACAUUUUUUCCGUAAAGCACAUGACGGGAAGAAAACAGUUGCGUUUGCUGAAUUAUAAAUAUUUUAAUCCCAUAGUUGUAAACAGUCGUAGAUUUGAAAACAAUAAAUUGUAAGCAUAAAAGCUGAUAAUAUGCAUACUGUAAAACGCCACAAUGAGAUCUUUUAAUUUAUUGUUCUUUUCUCCUUUCUUUAAUUAA